GAAGCUGCGCGGGAAGCUUCCGCCGAGGCGCUGAUGUACGCGCAUGACGUCAUCGGCCUGCCCUGGGAUGCGCGCACAUGCAGGAGCGCUGUGGAGGCUGACAACAUCGCCUCCCUCAGCUUUGCUCAUGCUGCAGGCUGUCCUCUGGACAGAAGGGUCCGCAAGGCAGCAGAGAAAGCAGGGACCGUGGACUGCCUAGCGUACGCCCACAAGCAUGGUGCUAUCAUGACGACGCACACCUGCAGGCGGGCGGCUCACUACGCCAGGCUAGACUGCUUGGCAUACGCCCACAAGCACGGCUGUCCUUGGACGGAUGAAGUGCCCGCAGCAGCGGCGGGGGCCGGCAGCCUUGCCUGUGUGAGAUAUGCGCAUGAAAACGGGUGCCCUUGGGAUGAGGCUACCUGCGCGCGGGCUGCAGAUGGGAAGUCCAUGGACUGCCUGGCAUAUGCCCAUGAGAAUGGGUGCCCCUGGGAUGCAGCCACAUGCAGAUGGGCAGCUCACAGCGGCGCUCUGAACUGCCUCAUCUAUGCACACGAGCAUGGGUGUCCGUGGGACGCGCAUUGUCUCCUCGCAGCAUGCAUCCAAGGGCACUUGGCUUGUAUGAUCUAUGCUUAUGAGAACAAUUGCCCCGGCAAUUCCAGCGGUCUGUUUGGACUCACGGUGGCAGCAGUGCAAGGUGGCAACCUGCUAUGCCUUGCAUAUGUGCACGUCGUCAUGGGAUGCAACUGGAGCCCAGAGGGCAAGAAAUGCCAGGCUGCCUUCCGGACAGGCCUGUAUGAAAUGCUGAAGUAUGUUCAUGUGCAUGGUGAUGUCUGG